UGCUCUGGUGACACAUUGGCUUCUCCAGCACACUCCUCGUGCGCAUUGUCACGCGGCGGUACACAGCGGCGUUGGACUUCUCCUUUAACUCUGACGGACAGACGGAUAGAGGAGUGACGUCAAUUCACUUCUUGACGCCAAUUUAGACUGGAAAAAGUAGAUGGUAAACCGGAGUAGAUGAUAAACCUAGGUCGUACCAUAGAAAACUGCUCUCUCUCUUUCUCUCUCUCUCUCUCUCACACACACACACACACACAGAAGCUACUUCGCCUUUUUUGUUAGCUAUACGUGCGAUUAAGUAGUAUCAAGUAGCAUCAUGACCUCACACGGGCAGAAAAACGUCAGGUCUGAGCAACAAAAGUUUUCUUACAGGGCAAUGCUCGCACUCUGGUCCUAAUGGUAACUUCUGCUGCAGUUGGGGGAACAUUACAAUACGGAUACAACCUCGCCAUUAUGAAUGCACCCACUGUUUAUAUUCAGAACUUUGUUAAUGAGACGUUUCAGAUGCGCUGGGGGAUACAGUUAGAGGUAUAUCAGGUUACACUAAUCUGGACACUCAUAGUGUCGAUCUUCUCAUUGGGUGGCCUUACAGGGGCUCUGUUGGCCGGGCCCAUGUCCAUCCACUUUGGGAGGAAGAAAACUAUGCUGCUGAACAAUAUAUUUCUAAUGUCCAGUGCACUGCUGGCUCUGACGAGCCAGAAAGCUCAGUCUUUUGAGAUGAUCAUCAUCUCCAGAUAUCUGGUUGGCAUCAAUGUGGGGGUCAGUAUGAAUGUACAGCCAAUGUAUUUUGGUGAAAGUGCACCAAAACACUUACGUGGAGCUGUGGCCCUGUCCUCUUCUGUCUUUACCUCUUUUGGGUUGGUGCUAGGACAAGUGGUAGGUUUGAGAGAGGUGUUGGGCUGUGAAUCAUGUUGGCAGUACUUGUUAGCCAGUAAUGCUGUGCCAGGCUUCAUUCAGCUCCUCACACUACCCUGGUUCCCAGAAAGCCCUCGGUACCUUCUCAUUGAUCGUGGUGACAAGGACGCCUGCUUAAAGGCACUGCGGCGGUUGCGAGGCUGUGAGGUACAGAAAGAGGAGUUGGAUGAGAUGCUGCAAGAGCAAGCUGAAUCUGAGGACAGGCGAGCUCAGCAGCCCUGGGAGCUCUUCAGUGACCGUACUGUUCACUGGCAACUCAUCUCAGUCGCCGUCAUAAGCAGCGCCAUGCAGCUGUGCGGUAAUGACUCAAUUUACUUCUAUGCUUCUUACAUAUUUAAAGAGGCGGGAAUAUCAGCUGAACACACCCAGUAUGCGACCAUUGGCACUGGCACAUGUGAAUUUACCGCCUGUAUUCUGUGUAACCUGUUGAUAGAACAGAAGGGCAGAAGGCUGCUUUUAAUGGGAGGUUAUGUGCUCAUGACUGGCUGGGCUAUAGUCUUCACUGUCGCGCUUUCAUAUCAGCAUGUACACUGGAUGUCUUACCUGAGCAUGGUUUGCGUUUUCAGCUAUAUCUUCAGUUUUGGGAUCGGACCAGCGGGAGUGACUGGAAUUCUCCCAACUGAGAUUUUUAACCAGGCAGCUCGCCCUGCUGCUUACAUGAUCGCUGGUUCUCUAAUGUGGCUUAAUCUCUUUAUUAUUGGAAUGAUAUUCCCAUUUAUUGUGAGUGGACUAGGUCAGUUCUGCUUUGUGCCAUUCGGUGGUGUGUGUCUUCUCACUGCGCUCUAUAUUGGACUGGUUUUGCCUGAGACUAAAGGAAAAACACUAGCCAUGAUCACAAGCGAAUUCCACAGGCUUAACUUCCACAAAAAAGAGAAGACGGGUCCAAAGUGUAAAGACAUUCAUUACCAACUAGGAGAAGUCCACCACUCAACUGCCCUCUAAGUUACUUAUUUGUAUAAUUGAAAUUCCUGUAUACUUAAGAAUGCUGGAGCUCUCUGUUGAAGAGUGAGUGUUCAAAAGCUUUACCCAAAUAUAACCACAGACACAUUUUA